AUGGCAAUAGAAAGAGUCCUCAUCGUCGGCGCCACAGGCAACAUCGGCGUCUCUGCCGCCAUCGCCAGCCUCCGCACCGGCCGCGAGGUACUGGCGGUUGUCCGCAACGCUGCUUCUGCGGAGAAGUUCUUUACCAACGUCGGGACGAAGGAAGGCAUUACGACCGUUGAAGCGGACGUUACAGCAAGAGAUGGCAUGCAGAAGGUGGUGGACAGGGUGAAGGCGGGAGAGCUGCCGGGGUUUCAGCACGUUUAUGCUUGUGUUGGACUCUGGCUCGUUACGCCGGUGCAUGAGGUCAGCGACGAGCAGCUCCGUAGACAUAUGCGGAUCGGAUUCGAGUCGAACUUCUUUGCCUACCGCGCCACCCUCCUCUACCUCCUCGCCCAACCCAGUCCCACAACUUUCACAGCCUGCACCGGCUCUGCAGAUACUUCAGGCUACGCCGGCCUCACCGGCCCCACCCAAGGCGCACUCGUUGCCAUGCUCAACGCCGCCAUCUUCGAGAACCAGCACCGCCCUAACAGCCAGCUCCGAAUCAACGAAGCGCGCCUCAACAUCCGCGUUGAAGUUGAUGCGGAGGCGGAGAAGCAUGGGGUGAUGAAGGCGAGUGAGUAUGCGAAGGUGUAUGAGGGGAUCUUGGAGAGGGAGGAGAUUGAGGGGAGUAGGGUUGUUGUUGAGGGGCCGGGAGAUGUUCAUGAGUUGAGGGCGGAGAAGAAGCUGAAGGGUUGA